AUGACGACCGCACCACCGCCUCCGCCCUUCCAAUUCCCGCCAACCUACUCCUUCCCCCCCUUCUUCACGCCGCAACCCAACAGCGCGACGCGCACCUCGCAGCUCCAGAAAUGGUCCUCCCUGAUCCAGGCGUGGUGUCGUCAUCACCGAACCUACCGCCUGGCGCUCAGCGAGGCCAUCGAGAGCCCGCUGUUCUACAACGCGGCGCUGCGGAAGCGACUGUCCGCGAAAGAUGCGCGGGAUGUGCUAGACUGGAUGGCCAAGGGGGAAGAGGGCGGCGGCGGACAGCGGGCGGAGUGGCUGGACGGGAGCACCAAGACCGUGGCUCGCAUCUGGUGGAAGAGGCCCGAGGAGUGGGCGGGGAUCGUGGCGGAUUGGGUGGAGAAUACGGGGCAGAAGAAUGUGGUUCUGACAGUCUAUGAGUUGGUGGAGGGGGAGGGGACCUUGUCACAAGAAUGGCACGGUAUGGAUACGGACGUGAUGCUCAAGUGCCUCAAUGUGCUGGUAAAACGAGGCAAGGCACAGGUUUUCGGUGGCGAAGGCCAAGAAGGUGUCAAAUUCUUCUAG